AUGGCGUCACAGCAGUCAGAUUCAGCGGUCAAACUCCAAUAUUAUCUUGUUCUAGCUCACUUGGAGCAGGUCUUGGGAGGCCUUUACUUAUGGGGGUUUGUCACGCACAUAGGCUUUGACUGGGAUAUUAUCACCCGCCCUGCGAGCGCCAAAACGUCGUGGUAUGGCAGAGGAGCAUAUCUCGCCGCGCGGUACCUUCUAUUAGCUGCUUUCGUGGAUAUAUAUUUCGGGAUCGACAACCAGAGACCGACGGUCUGUCUGGUAGAGAACCUCUUCGAGCUAGCUCUUCCGGCGUUGGCCGCUCAAUCGGCGACGGCACUGAUUGUUACCCGAGUCAUCGCGAUAUGGGACCGUAAACUGCUAGCCGUGGUCUUGUCGAUCAUGGGUCUAUUGACACAGCUAUGCUUCGUUAUCUACUCUCUGGCGAAUGUCGAUACUGGAUGGGAUCCAAUUCAGAAGAGCUGUAGUAUACAGUCGGCAGAGGAUACCGGUCGCGUCACCGUAGUCUUUCUGACUGUCGAUGUCUUCCUGCUCGGACUGAUGGUUGUCGGGCUGCGUCGUUGGAAGAACGCCGGUCAGGCUCAGUUCAGCCUCUGGCAUGUCCUCUGGACGCAGGGGUGGGUGUGGCUCGUGAUCGUUACUCUUUGUGGUGUUCCUCCGGUGGUACUUCUGUAUCUCAACGUCAAUCAGGUGAUGAACUUGCUCUUGCUCACCCCACAACUCGUCGCAAUUGUCAUCGGAGCAACCAGAUUAUAUCGCUCGCUUGCAAGUUUCUCGCGUGGGGAGUCGGAGGACAGCGCGGUAACCAGUUGCGGCAGUGGAGGGUCGUAG